GAUCCUAAAAAGUCUCAUCCCCCUCCGUAUAUAUAAUCAAUCAUUCGUCUCAUGCUUUUUUAACUCUAGUCACAAAGUUAAACAAGAUGGCUUUCAGAAUCGCCAGCCAAUUGCUCUCGACCGGCAAACAAAUUGGUGGCUCUCGUCGCUUCGCGACCACAGUCGCCGAUGGUACCAAACAAACAUAUAAUAAGUUUUCAGUAACGGGAGAGUUUGCACCAGUGGCUAUAAUAGGAGGUUUUGUUGCUCUAGCGGUUGCUAUGGCCGGACAUAGCCUCAAGCAGCAGCUAAUGCAUGCUCCAGGGGUCAGUACAAGGAAGAACAGAAGAGCUGCUGUCGCGGAAGUCGAUGAUCCGGACAAUUGUGUUUCCUCCGCCGACAAAUAUAUCAACAAGUCUUGGCUACGGAAAGUAGGUCAGAUUCAAGAUAAGUCUAGUGCCAUCUUAUCUGAUCCCACCAGACCUAACCCAUUCACCACGCCUCGAAAUGCAGAGACAUUGAAAUCCGUUGGUGUGGCUCCAAAGGGAAUCUGAACACUUUCUAUGAAUCGAACAAGAUCUUUUGUUUUCAAAUAAAAAUGCAUUUUAACUUUAUUAAUUUUUGUUCACUGAUA